GAUCUGACGACCAUUUAAUACAUUUAGCUUGGAGCUAUAUACUACUAGCCGUCGCCUGUCGUAUAGUUGCGCCGGGAGUUAGGGCUGUCUACCGGAUUAGAAAUUCUCACAGGACCAUCCUCGCCUCAAAGUUCUACAACACAGGGUUGCCUUGACUUCAUGCUCAUGGGCCCUAGUUACUUUCCCCUCAUUAACUCGGCUGUUUUUCGACUGAUGCAUUGAGGCUCGCCGAAUCGUUGACUUGUUGGUUACACUCUUUCCAAAGUCUCACAUGCCUCUUCGGACCUUAUUAUUACUGCAUUGGCUUUUCGUCUCCGAGUAUAUGUUUCUGGAUGACGUACCGCAGAUCUCAGAUCUCGUUGCCCGCCUACUACAAAAAUAAUAUAUAGUCGAAGGCUCUUUCGGCAAACCAUAAUCAUCAUUACCUCACUAACUCCUCAACAACACUUACACGCAACACACAAUACACAAUGUCAGAAUCAAGCACCACGAGUCCUACGAGUCCGGCUCUUGAGGCACUACAGAAUCGUUCACGCGAUAUACGACGAGCUAGGCCUCCAGACAUAACAGUUAUCAAGAAUGAGGCCAAGGUCCCACUACGACCUACCAAGCGUGAGUCCAGGAUCGGCUUGAGGAAUAUAUUCAGCAAAUCGAAAAUAGUAAAGAAUGAAGGAAUAGUGGAAGAAGCACCCUCGUCACGGGAGUCAUCACGGCAUGGUUCGAAGCGCUCGUCGUUGGCGGAUAUCGGUAAUUGGCCUCACAGACUGCAUCCUUCUCGCUCAGAGCUUUCCCUUAGCUCAUCUCCGUCUUCGAUAAAGUCGCCGGGGUCUACGGGGUCUAUGGCGUCUUCAAGAUUACGACAAAAUAGCAUUACUGUUAACCAAAACAAGCUCCGUCAGCAAGGGUCUCCAAAGACGAGGGAUUCGAUAACCGGAUUUAUCCCCCCGCCGCUGUUCCAGAUGUAUCCACAGGCAAUCAAGUACGCAACACUGGCAACCUGUCUCACCCCGAUAGAAGCUUUAACCCGUCUCAACGAGCUCAAGGAGAACUCACAACAGAACGAUUUCUCGAGGAGUAAUCUGGGGGAGGCAGAGAGGAGGAAGAAAUCUAAGCAUGCCCCGGAAUGGACAGACAAGGUCUACGCACUCGUCACCUCGGGAUACUUACUCCAAUAUGCGGGAGAAGGUCGAUUCGAUAGGCUACCCGAGAAGAUCCUACACCUAACGCGGGAUUCCGCUGCUUAUGCCAGUGACCUCAUCCCUGGAAAACACUGGGUGGUACAGGUGGCAUCAUCGAUGGAUGCUGACGGGAACCCAGCUCUGGAUGCGAAAUCUCUUAGAUCGAAGCUCGCUCUAAGAGGAGUUGAGAAGCGACAAGUUUCUAAUAUGUUACUUGUGUUUGAAAACCCGGAAGGUAUGGAUACUUGGCUUGCUAUCCUGAGAAGAGAGAUUGAGUCCCUGGGCGGUAAGAAGAAGCUUUCAGAAACGGGCAAGCCCGAGAUGGAGGACAGCCAAAUAUUGAAGAACCAAGCAAGCCAGAGGACGUUAAUUGUGCGAGACCCAACGCGCUUCUCGCGCAUCAUCUCUCAGGACUUUUCAUGGAACCAGGAGAACACACUGGCCGACCCUACAGAACAAACCGAGACUGUGGAACCCCGAUCAGAGAGGACGUCGGAAUCAACGUUGGAUGACGGUUCAAGCUUGGUUUCAUCGGAUGGGCAACGGCUGGAUAGUCUUCGAGACAGUGGCGGUAGCAGUGGUAGUAGCGGCAGCAGCGGCAACCGACUCUCGUUCAUCUCGUCUGGACAACGGACCAUCGUGUCCUCGGCAGAAUCGUCGCCUACUAGUUCCCCGAUUCGAGCGAGCUUCUCCAGCAAUGGAGAAGAUCAACUCUUCCAACUAACUCAAAAACCCUUGCCGCCCACUCCCGAAGUGAGGCCGCGUCCUAAUGCUGCCGCCAUCGCGAUCCGGAGACAGUCGAUGCAAACGAUGAUCCCCAGUUUCGAUCCUCGCUUAGAUGUCCGGGGCCGCUCGAUCUCAACCCUGCCGUCCUCGCUAACAUCGGUUCAAGAGGACAAGCAUCAAUUCGUACCUAACUUUAGCGUACCACAUACUGUCGGCCGGCGGUAUUCGGCUAUGAAUUUGACCGCCGCAGCCUCCCGUGAACAUCAGCCGCAGGCGUCCGACCGAGAAGGGCCGAUAAGACCAGUCCGACGAAGUCCGCCAACAAAACUCGCGAUAUCCCGCCCUCUUUCUAUCGUCAUAGAUCAGCCCUCACCAAGGCCGCCAUACUCACCUCUCACUCCGCCCAACCCAGCUCGCCCUUCCAUACAGGCACCCGACUCGCCGUCCAUGUUCGCGCCUCGGCCUAACUAUGCACCAAAGCAAAGCCCGCAUGAGAGGAGCGAAACGCCCGAGAGUCAGAUCUUAAAACGGAUGACGGAAGAAGCGAAUCUUACCAGCACCAGCGUCAUCGCGCCGUUCCAUGAAAAACGCAAUGCUCGUGCUAGUCAACAAUAUCAGCAACCAAUGCUUCCAUACUUUGACGUGGAUAAAUCGUUCAUUGCUCGACCAGCCCGAACUCAGUCUAUUGACACCAUAAAGCCCCAUGAAGAAAUUCGUAGAGCAUCAUCGUCCCUCGAAAUGCGGAGAUCAUCGAUGAACUCUAACUUUGGGCAUCAAUCUUUUAAACAUGCGCUUCUGCUAGCUGAUAACCCAUCUCACCACACUCACGCAAACCACCUCAAUCGCCAUUCAUUUAUGAACCAUAGCCAGUAUAAUUUGGCCUCUAUUGAGGAACCCUCCUACACCCUGGCGCCGCCUUUGAUAUGUAUGCCCAAGCGCUCGGCGCCUUCUCUCAAGACUCUACAGCAGGAGUCGACGUCAAACCAUCACUUGGGGGCGGACUUCGGCGAGAGGACUCUGAUGACUAGGAGGAGUUUACCACACUUAGCCGAGGGACCCCCUCCAGCUCCUCCACCGACAUGUGCACUUCCCCCGAUCCCUACUAAGCGCUCUUCCAAUUUACCUAGGAGUAUCAGGGCGUAAUACUUUUCACACUGUCCUACAAGGCACACCUUUUUUUUUUCUUUGACUUAUAUUUUUGACUCUAUAUUUUGCUUCGUGUAUAUCAUUGUAUUUUUACCUUAUACCUACGGGCCCCACGAUAAUGAUUGGCGUUUCGGUUUCUCUAUGCCUAUAUAUUAGACUCAACUUACCGGAACGGAAAGAAA